GCCUGGGCGCGUCCCGAGUAGUCAGUCACCGUCCUCGGAGCCUCCUUGGGUGAGGAGGCAGCGGCGGCGGCGCUGGUAGAGGGUUGCCCGGGACAGCAGCUCAGAGGCCCGGGCUCGGGGGCAGCGCGCACUGCAGCGCAUCGCACAGCCCCGCACCGGUCAGAGAAGGCGGCUGUGCACCCCGUCCAUCCCAAGCGGCGGCGUCGGGGCUGGUGGCCGGGGGGAUCCGGCUCCCCGUGUCCGCUCCGCCAUGGGGGACGCGCUGUCCACGCACCUGGACGAGGGCCGGCGCCAGCACAUCGCAGAGAAAACUGGAAAGAUCCUGAGAGAGUUUUUCCAGUUCUAUGAGGCCCAGUAUGGCGUCGCCCUCUUCAACAGUGUCCGCUAUGAGAUCGAGGGGAACGGGGGGCCGCAGACUCAGCUCCUCUGGCGAAAGGUGCCACUGGAGGAGCGGAUCAUCUUCUCCGGAAACCUCUUCCAGUACAUGGAGGAGAACAAGAAGUGGCGGAACCGCUUCAGCGUUGUGCCGCACAACUAUGGGCUGAUGCUGUAUGAGAACAAAAUGGCCUAUGACCGGCAGGUUCCACCCCAGGCCAUCAUCAACAGUGCUGGCUACAAAAUCUUCACCACAGUGGACCACUACCUGGAGCUUAUCAACCACAGCAUGCCAGGAGCCGGCCCCAAGCCGGGCACCGCCCCUAUCCUGAAGUGCCCCACAGAGUUCCCCCUGAUCCUCUGGCACCCCCACUCCCGCCACUACUACUUCUGCGUCAUGACGGAGUCGGAGCAGCAGAAGUGGCAGGCUGUGUUCCAGGACUGCAUCCGGCACUGCAAUAACGGAAUCCCUGAGCACUCCAAGGUGGAGGGCCCGGCCUUUACAGAUGCCAUUCGCAUGUACCGUCAGUCCCAAGAACAGUAUGGCACUUGGGAGAUGCUGUGUGGGAAUGAAGUCCAGAUCUUAAGCAACCUGGUGAUGGAGGAGCUGUGCCCAGAGCUGAAGAACACGAUUGUCCCGAAGCUCAAGGGAAAACUCCAGGAGAGGCAGAGGCAGUGGAUACAGAUCUCAGAUGCCGUGUACAGGAUGGUGUAUGAGCAAACCAAGGCCCACUUUGAUGCAGUGGUAGCAAAGUGCGAGAGUGCCCGACCAGCGAUGGAGAGCACCAUCCGCACAGACAUGGACCAGAUCAUCACGUCCAAGGAGCACCUGGCCAGCAAGAUCAGAGCCUUCGUCCUCCCAAAAGCCGAGAUCUCUGUGCGGAACCACGUGCAGCCGUACCUGGCCUCCAUCCUGGAGGCCCUGAUGAUUCCCACCAGCCAGGGCUUCGCGGAGGUGCGCGACGUCUUCUUCAAGGACGUGACCGACAUGAACAUGAACAUCAUCAAUGAGGGUGGCAUGAACAGGCUGGGAGAGUACAUGGAGAAGCUGUCGCAGCUAGCCUACCACCCUGUCAAGAUGCAGAUCUGCUAUGAGAGGAUGGAGCAGCUGAAGCUGGAGGGGCUGCGUCAGCGGUUUGACGUCUCCAGCACGUCCGUGUUCAAGCAGAGAGCCCAGAUCCACAUGCGAGAGCAAAUGGACAAUGCAGUUUACACCUUUGAGACACUCUUGCACCAGGAACUGGCAAAAGAUCUGAGCCCUGAAGAACUAUGCAAGUCCAUCCAGCGCAUCCUGGAGAGGGUGCUGAAGAAAUUUGACUAUGACAGCAGCACGGUGAGGAAGAAGUUUUUCCGGGAGGCCUUGCUGCAGAUCGCCGUCCCGUUCCUGCUGAAGAAACUGGCACCGACGUGCAGAGCUGAGCUGCCCCGCUUCCAGGAGCUGAUCUUCGAGGACUUCUCCAGGUUCAUCCUGGUGGAGAACACCUACGAGGAGGUGGUCCUGCAGUCCGUCAUGAAGGAUAUCACACAGGCUGUGAAGGAGGCCGCGGUGCAGAGGAAGCACAACCUGUAUCGGGACAGCGUGGUCCUGCACAACAGCGACCCUAACCUGCAUCUGCUGGGUGAGGGCGUCCCCAUCGACUGGGGCGAGAAGUGUGGGGCCGCUGAGUCGGAACCUGCGCCAGACCGGCGGCGCCGGGCCAAGCAGGUGGUGUCAGUCAUCCACGACAACGACGAAGAGGGUGAGGGCCAAUGCGAGGGAGCUACCCUGUCGUACGAGGCCCCCCACGAGGAGGCUUCCUCGGGGGAGGCCCCCGAUGGGCUGGGGGUGCUCCGUGGGCUGCUGGGACAGGAGCCUCCGGAAGAGAGCCUGGCUGCCACCGAGUCACUACCCAAUGGCACCGCCCCCCGGGAGGGCCCCUGGGCCGGAGAGCCCGGGCCACCGAUGGAUGCCAGCCAGGAAGAGGACAACCCCGCCCCAGCCCCAGUCCCAGUCAGCCCGCCCAGGAGCCCGAGGAAGGAGGCGGCAGCCGCUCCGUCCUCCCCUCAUGCUGGGGCUCCCACAGACAUCCCCCGGCCCGGCGACCAGGAGACAGGGGAGGGCAUGGCGGGCCAUAAAGCCCCCACUCAGGCAUCCCCCAGCUACGUCCAGACGACCACAGAAGACAGCGCAGGGGUGCAGACUGAGUUCUAGGCCAGCCCCUCUCCCUCCUGCCCGCUCCCUCCCAGCAUGGACCCUGGGAGGCGCUCGCAGCUCUCUUCUCCUGGACUCGGGGAGCUCGGGCCAGGCCAGAGCCAGCGGGCUAAAUGGCUAUCGGAAUCUGGGGGACGGGCUGCACAGGGUGGGCAGAGGGCGGAAGGUGGAUCGCAUGCGAUUAGGACUUGUUAUUGCCUUGGGAAGGAGGGAAGGAGGGAAGGGCUGGGGGUGAAAAUGGGCUCCAGAUACAGCUGAAGCAGCCAGGUUAGAAGGGGUGGGUGUGUGUGUGUGUGUGUGGAUGUGUGGGUGGAUGUGUGCGCGUGCAGAUAGGCACCAGUGUGGAUGUUGAUCUAGGUGCAUGUUCCGGUAGAUACGCCCCUGUGUGCACUGUGUGUGAUAGUGUGCAUGUAUGUACAAGAGUAUGGCUUUGUGUAUGCAGAAGUGCAUGCACUGGAGAGGUGUCUGUAUGUGUCUGUGUGUUUGUGUUCGUGUGUCCAUCCAGAUGAGCUGUAAGUUGUCAGACAUUUUAUUUAGCUAAACCUUGGCUCGUGCUUUCUACGGACUAGGUCCCAUAGACUCUCUGCCGCUGUAGGGUUAGGGUUGGGGAGGCCUGACUUCCUUCUACUCUUUUAGGUUUAGGUAGUUGAUGGGGAGUGGUGCCGGCUGGGAGGGCUACCCCUCUGACCCUCCCACACCUCCCCCCAUUCCAAUUCCCUCCCCCCACCCAGAAACAGACCCUCUUUCUGUCAGCUCUGUCAGGUGACAUGUGGGCUGACUCAGCCCUCAGGGGUAUCCGUCCGUCCUGCAUCGUCCAGUCUCCAACCAAGGGCAGAGAAGUGCCCCCUGGCACACAGAGGACAAGGUGGCCUCUGCCACAGGGAGAGGGCUAGAGCUCAGCUGGGCCCCCAGCCAGGGCAUGGUGCAGCUGAGUUGGGAGAGACAGCAAAUUACCCCAGACUCUCCCUGCCUCCCCUCUCCCUGGCAGAAGCUAUAACCUUUGUAAGCAUCAACUUCUUCCUUCCCCUACACCAGCCCAGGGCAAGAAUCCCAUGUGUUCCUGCCCUGGUACCCCCACCCCCAUCUCAUUCUGCCCCACUCCAGCUGCCCAACCUAGAGCACCCCCAGGCUUCCUAGAUCCCCCCCAGCCCCCUCCUCAACCUCAGUCAGCCUCAGCAGGCCCCCAGCACAGCCCCAUACCCUGGAGAGAAACGGGCCUUUCCAGAUCAGAGCGGGCAGUUGCUGUUUUCACCUCCAGAGUGCUACAUGUCUGCUUCCCUGUCCUUUCUCUCGUGCCGCCCUUGCCCCAUUGCGGGGCCUAGGCUAAGGUCCGCUCACCUGCCAGGCUGGGAAUCUUGUUGGCUUUUUGAUUUUCCAGGGGGGAGAGUAGGCCAGGGACCACGGGCUCAGUGUGGUCUCUGUACCUAUUUGCCUUCAGCAAAGAAGCAACAAGAGAUUGGGGAGAGCAGUCAGGGGGAGCCCGCCCUCUCUCACCCUCUCCAUUCUUAACAUAAGCCCCCAGUCCUCCAGCACUGUGUUAUGUCGAGCCUGAAGGCAGCCAGCCAGGGCCCUCCCUGGUCUGUAACGUUGUCAUUCCUCUGCAUUGGAGUUUGCCGGUCCAAAGGUGAAGUGAGGGAGGAAAGGAGACUGCCUGAUCCCUCGAAUUGAAUCUUCACAAAUUCCUCCCCCCACUGGAAUCAAGGAAACCUGAAAGAGGCAGGAGCAGCCAGGGACAAGGCCCCAUGAGGUGUGGGGGGAAGCAUUUGAGGCAUCGCUGGGGCGGACUGCCGUAGAUGUGGGGGCAAAGUUGGCCAGGGAGAGGCCUGAUUCAUGGUGCCGUGUGCUGAAAGAAUGUCUGGGGUUGGGGAGGGGCUUCCCUGUGGUGGUGUCUGAGACGGGAAGUUCCUGGAUGUCCAGGAAGGAGUUUCACGGGGGAGGGAGGAGUGGAUGUAGCGGAGAAGAGGGCUUGGGGGAAAAAGAUCAGGAUGUUUUAUGUUGAAAGGUAGGGCUAGGGGAGAGUAAGGGAGCUUGGUGAGGAAGAGGAGAGGGGAGUUUUCACAGCUGCAAGGAGGAUUUCUGAGGGUAGAGAAGUCACCAUGGGAAGGGAGGUGGAGUAGGGAUCUGUGCCCCAAGUGUGGGGGUGCUGGAUGCGGGAGGCCUGUGUCCUUAGGAAGGAGGGCCCUUUUCCACCUUCCUCGUUCCCCAGGUCUCUGUCUUCAGACCUCGAUCUCUGGUCCUUGGCUGUUCUAAAUUGGGUGGGGCUUCUCCACCGUCCCACCCAAACUGAGGCUCCAGAGGAAGCCUGGCUGUCACCCUUGCCUUUUAGAGUCCAUGUGUCUGGCUGCAGGGCUGAUCUUGCCUGGGCAUAGUGAGCGGUGCUGUUUUUCAUUUUCGGGGUCUGGAGCGCUUGAGCAAUUGCUCCUGCUCAGGACCGUUGCCGCUGGGCUGGCCUGCAGGAUCCCUCACUAAGGAAGGGAUGUGAAUCUUACUCUAGAACCUUUGGAGAAUUAGCCCUGGGCAGGCAGGCGGGCGGGACCCUCCCUAGACCCCAGCCCUGCCCUGGCUCCAGGGCUGACGGUCAUCCUGGUCAUUCCUUGUGCUCGCUUGUAUUUCCUUUUCCACAUAAACCAUUCCCUUUGUUCCUUCAUCUCCGUCCAGCCCAUGCUCUGAGAAGUGAGCACGAGUGUAGUGGGACUUUUCCUGUAUAGAUCCCUUCUGUCUGUAAGGCGCAGGCAUCUGUGCAAAGGCUUCCUUAAAUGGGGUCUGGACUCCCCCCAUCCCCACCUGCUGCCCCUCCAGUGCCUUAUGUUGGGAACUUCUGUUUGCCUCUUCUGAUAUAUAUAUAUAUCAUCCUGAAAAAUUAUACAAAUGUUUAUGCUUAUGCUAAUUAAUAAAUGCUUUAUUUAAAACCA